GAUGCAAAGAGGCCAUUGGAAUGAUAAUACAUGACAAUACAUAAACUACGCUAAUAAAGGUCUUUAUCUUGCUUGAUUCAGAUCAGGACUGUAUGGCUGACGGCUGAAGCUCUACACAUUCUUAAAUUAGGCAGAUUCGCAACAGAGAAAUGUCUGAAGGCAAUCACGAAGACGACACUUGUAAGACUACACCUGUAGAAUUCUCAGCUGGGACUCUGUCGACCUUUGACGACGUGUUCAAGUACGUCAACUCGUUUGGUUGUUACCAGAGGGCUCUGUACGUCGGCGUCAACCUUCUCAUCGUUCCCAUCGGGCUGCAAUUCGCUCUGCUCGUUUUCGCCUUCGGAACUCCUAAGUUCCAUUGCAGUGAUGUUAACUCCACAUGUGCUCCGAGCAAGUGCUGUGACAACUGUUCUUCGUACACGUUUGAUGGACCGUUUACUAGCGCAGUGUCCGAGUGGAACUUGAUUUGCGACAACGCGCACAAAGGCGCCGCCGUGCAGUCAUGUUUCUUCGCUGGAAUGCUCAUUGGCUCAUUGGUCGGUGGCUGGGCCUCGGACAGAUUCGGACGGCGCCUUUGCCUCCUAGUCGGUUCAGCUAUCAUGACGAUUCUGUCGUUCGGCACGUUUUUCGCUGACUGUCCCUCUCUCCUUGCCCUGUUGCGGUUCGGUGUCGGGUUUGCCCUUGCGUCAGUCAUGGUGUGUCAGUACGUGUACGUGAUUGAGCUGGUCGGACCAAAGGCCCGGACGAUGUCCGGUAAAGUCCAAGACUUCUUCUGGGACCUAGGGGAUGUCUUGUCUUUUACGUGCGCAUAUUUCAUCAGAGAAUGGCGAAUGCUCAUUCUUUGCGUUACGCUGUUUUUCGUGCCUUUUUUCUUCUUCUGGAGGGUGUUUCCAGACACCGCGUGCUGGCUCAUCGCCCAAGGGCGUCAGGAUAAAGCUCGAGAACUCCUCAUGAAGUAUGGCGGCAAGAAGAAAAAGCUUUUAGACAGUGAUAACGCGACGGCGAUGAUUGAAAGCAUUUACAACGAGGAGAUGAGAGAGCAGGAAAAGCGCAAAAACAACAAGAAUUACACUGCCUUCGAUUUGUUCCGUUCACCGAAAUUGAGAAAGCGAACUCUGAUUCUCUGUUUUAAUUGGUUCGUCAUCUCUCUCAUCUCCUUUGGGAUUUAUCUUUAUAUCACCGCAUUGGCAGGAAACCUCUACGUCAACUAUCUUGUGAUGACUCUUCUUUCCAUUCCGCAUCUUCCGAUUUCUUGGUUUCUCAUGCAAAGGUUUGGGCGUCGGAUUCCGUUCUUCGGUUACAUGUUCAUCGCUGGUAUUUUAUGCUUGGUUAUAAUGGGGAUCCCGAAAGCCAAUGCAGCUAUCGUAGCGGGUCUUGCUAUAUUUGGUAGAAGUCUAACAGCGUGUGCAUUCAACAACAUCUACCUUCUUUCCUCAGAGCAGUUCCCUACAGUUGUAAGGAACAUCGGCAUGGGGGUGGGCUCCAUGUGCGCUCGUGUUGGCGCCAUUUUAUCGCCGUUCAUCGUCAUGCUGGCCCAGCUUCCAGGGUUUAGCUUGACUUUCCCCGUCAGCAUCUUCGGCGUCCUUGCUGUGCUAGCUGCUAUUUCGUCGCUAUGGUUACCAGAAACACUCAAUACCAGUCUCCCGCAGACUAUCGAGGAAAUGGAGAGGACCAAGGAGCAUUAUAGGGUCCCAUGUUUUACUCUGCGAUCAAAGAAAACCGUCGAAUAUGCCUUUGAUGAAAAUGAUAACGAUGACAAUGUAGAUUUUACUUGAGUUUGAACCCUUUCACUGUUCAUAAUAAAGAUAUCUUGUCUGAUUCAUUUUUCAGGCUUUCACGAAUCACCAAAAAAAAAGUAGCUUCUGCCAAUCACGGUUUUGACUUUUAUUUUUCUCCUGAAUAUAUGAUUUAAUAUACAUAGAUCAUAGAUCAACGCUGCGGUUGAUCCACUCCUCAGUUAAACUAACACACAAUGACAUCAAUGUUUACUUCUACGUACAAAUGUAUGAAACGUGACGCGAAAAACCGCCAAUCACGAAUCACGGAAAUACUCUUCACCACCUUAACAUUACUGCAUUUAUUAAAUGAUUGACACCUUUUCCAUUGUUAUUGCAAGUCUUAUUUCAUUAAAAAUACCAAUGAAUAAUUUACAAUAUUAAAGAACGGGGAGAGCUUCAUGUAUCAGCAGGGAAAAAUGGGGUUUAAUAUGAAAUCAUUAAAUGUGAAUGAGGUUAUAACUAGAAUACUAAUAAGGAGGAGUAGGUUAAAAACUAGAUAUUAAAGGUGGUAUGUGUCAUUGAAAA